CAUGGCCACAUGGCCACCCUUACCCAAUGGUCUGAACUGCUGUUUUCCCCCUGGGCCUCCUAGCGCUUUAGUACCACUGCACCAUGGCUGAGUGCAGUGCUGUCGAGACAGUAGAUGAAAGGGAAGCACUGCAGAGCAACACUAGAGCUGAGAUAAAAGAACUAAGAGCUAAGAUACAAGGUCUGAAGAAAGCCGUACCUAAAGGAGACAAGAAGAGAAAGAAAGAAGCGACGGCCGAGAUAACAAAAUUGGAGGAAGAAUUUAAAAAGUUAGAGAAUUUAAAAGUGACGCUAGAUGUCCCAGAGGAUGUAGCUUCCGAGGAGACUGAUGUUUCUAGCGCUCAGGAGCUGUUGAAUGCUGUGUCUUUGGACGAGAAGCAGGAAGUGGGUGUGGGGACAGGGAGCAAGAAAAAAAGCAAAGCUCAAAAAAGAAAGGAGAAGAAGCUUCAGGAGGAAAGGGAAAGAGAGGAGAGGAUAGAGAUUGGGGAGACAGAGUCGGCCCUCAACAACCCUCGACUGAUAGAGAGGGAAGCAUUGUCUGGUAUCCUAGGACCCCUCGGUCUGGCUAUAAAAGACGUGCCUGCUGACGGCCAUUGCUUGUAUGCAGCUGUGAGUGACCAGCUCUCCUGUAGAGUGGGGAUCAAGGCGAGCGUGUCUCGGCUGAGGGCAGAGUGUUCUCAGUACAUCCUCACACAUAGCGACGAGUUCCUGCCCUACCUGGUGGACCCCAACACUGGUGACCAGUUCACUCAAGAUACUUUUUUGGGAUACUGUGAGGAGAUUGCACACACUGCAGCCUGGGGUGGACAACUAGAGAUCCAAGCACUGUCUCAUGUGUACAAGGUCCCAGUGAGAGUGUACCAAGCCUCGGCACCCGUGCUCACUCUCGGAGGAGAGGCCUACACUGACACCACACUAACACUAGCGUACCACCAUCACGAAUAUGGACUAGGAGAACAUUACAACUCAAUAGUACCAAACACUCUUAGUAGCUGAGAACAGUCGUUGAGUUAAUAUUCAAUUUUCACCUGUAAAAUUAUUUGUAAUGAGCAAAAACUUAUUGAGUUAUAUAAAAGAGUUAAUACUGUGAAA